AUGUCUUCUACAAUCCAAGCUGCCCUCGUCUCUUCUUCCCAAGAUAAGCAUCUUGUCGAAUCAGGUGAAAUCCCAUUCCCACAAAUCACAGACGAUGAGAUUUUGAUAAAGGCUGUGGCUUUCGCUGCCAAUCCAACUGACUGGAAACACAUUGCGUUUAAGAUUGCCAAACCAGGCGAUAUCUCGGGCUCUGAUGUCAGUGGAAUUGUCUUCCAUGUCGGUAAAAACGUCAAAGGUUUCGCAGAGGGCGAUAUUGUCUCUACUUUCGUAAGAGGCGGUGUUUCGCCAGAGAAAGGUGGCUUUGCUGAGUAUGUGAGAGCAUCUCCAGUUUCUACUAUCAAGUAUGCUGGUCCUUUUGAAAAGGGCCCAUUGACUCCAAGCAAGGAAUAUCCAGCUGGUCCAAUUGACUCCUACGAAGGUGCAGCCAGUGUUAAUUUGGGCUUGGUUACUGUGACCUUGUCCUUUGCCCAUUCUCUCAAGCUUAAAGCCGACUCUAACAAGGCAAUUUUGAUCUGGAGUGGAGCUACAGCAACAGGUAUUUUGGCCAUUCAAUUGGCCAAGCUUUUGUUCGGUUUGAAGGUGAUCACGACUGCCUCUCCAAAACAUCAUGACUUCUUGAAGUCUCUUGGAGCUGAUGCUGUGUUCGACUACAAAGAUCCUGAAGUUGUGUCUAAGAUUAGAAAGUAUGCCCAAGGAUCUAUUGCUUACGGCUUUGACACCAUUUCCGAGGAGGCCACAUUCCAGGCCCUUUACGACGCUACUGAGGGAAGUGAGAAUGUGGCUUUGGACAACCUUUUGGGCCUCGAUGGUUCAAGUAUCAAGACAAAACCAGGCCGUCACGUUUCGUUUGGCAAGACUUUGGCAUAUCUCGUUUUCGGCAAGAGUGUUUCAAUGGGUGCUGAAUUCAAGUUCACUCCUGAGAUUCUUGAUGAGUACAACCAGUUGUGGCCAAAGGUACUCGAAGUUGUUCCUCAGCUCAAGCACCACAAGUUGAAGGUCUUGCAGCCAGGCUUUACCAGUGCUUCCGAAGCCUUGAACCUUUUGCAGCUGGGCAAGGUGAGCGGAGAAAAGAUUGUUUGGCGUGCCCAAAUUUGA